GGUUGUAGUUAUUCCAGGAACCAGGAAGAGAGGCGACUUCAGGGAAGAGAGCUCCACGUUGUAAUAGAGAUGGCGACCGCUAAGAAUCUGACAGAGAACCACCUCACCUGUGUCAUCUGUUCUGAGGUGUUCACAGACCCUGCCACACUUCAGUGUCAUCAUACAUUCUGCAAGUCCUGUCUGCUGAAAUACAUCAACACACAGCCUGAAGCAGUACAAGCCAAGUCCAUACCAUGUCCCUCCUGUAGACAACUGACGAAUGUGACCAACCCUGACAGUCCAGUAGAGGAGUGGGUCAGUCAGCUGAAACCAAGCCAUGUCAUACAGGGGCUGAUGGACGACUUUGGACCCGACACAAAGGGUGUGGAGGAACACUUGUGCAGUGUUUGUAGAAAACAAGGAAAGACAACUCCAGCCACUUCUUGGUGCUCUGUCUGCGAUGUUGUGCACUGUGAAGGAUGUCUCCAGAUGCACAACAUGAUGCCAGGGUUGUGUGACCAUGAAGUAGCUCACUUGUCUGAUCACACCAAAAUAAAGGUCAAGCGUCGCUUCAUGUGUAAAGUCCACAGAGAUGAAAAGGUGAAGUUGUUCUGUAAAGACUGCAAGCAGGCAAUAUGCACGAUAUGCUGCAGUAUAAAACACAGGGCAUGUAAGGAUGUUGAUACAAUAGAGAGUAUGACCCCUCUUGUGAAGGGACAACUGACAAGCAAACUAGAGAAACUUGGAAUCAACGUUGCAGCUACGAAUAAUAUCAUAACCUGGAGAAAAUCUACAAUUCAAGAUGUGAAGAGUAAUUCACAAACCCUUAAAGAUCAAGUCAUAAAGACACGAGAGACAGUGAUGCGUGUUAUUUUAAGAAAAGAGAAGCAACUCCUUGGUGACAUCGACAAAGCUACUGAUGAACAAUUACGUGAGUUACAAGCAGAUAUAAAAUUCCAGGAGAUCGAGCUACAGAUGUACCAGCAGCAGUAUGAGUUCACAGCCAAUGCUGUGACGUCCAACUGUGAGUCGGACAUGUAUGCCGUCUAUGAGUCGAUGGGUGAGACGUCUACAGACAUCAGAGACACGGACAACAGGCCAGCAGCAGGAAGGGUUGUAUUGACACACGACCUGGACAAGCUGAGUAAAGCAGUUGAUGAGCUACAGCUGGGGGAGGUUCAAGUCGUCCAUGAUGUGAGUGACCCCGAGUCUUCUCCUGUUCUACAUCACACCAUUGAUUGCAAGGAAGGUGGGGACAGGAAGGAUCCUUCGGUGCGUGACUUGACAGUGUUGACUGUUGAUGGCAUCAAAGUGGUGGUAGUUGCAGAUUACAAUAACAAGAGACUCAAAACAUAUUACACAUCAAACUUCAAAUCCUUUGAUAAUCAGCUUCUGCUUUCUAGUGAGCCUUGGCAAAUAGCAAAGUUAAGUGAGAGUCAGAUAGCGGUCAGUGUUCGAGACAGUCAGGAAAUAGUUACAGUGAAUGUUACCCCAGAUCCUGUAUUGCUGUCAACUAUCAAAACAAGAAAGAAGUACUACGCCCUGGCCUGUCUGAGUCCUUCACAGCUGGCGGCAGGUACAUGGAGACAGUCUUACUCUGUGGACAUACUGGACAUGACAGGGAGGAUACUGAGGUCUAUCAACACGGGGGUGAUAGGGACUCCAGACUACAUCCAUGUCACCAGAAACAAGAACUUGAUAGUCAGUGAAGGAGCAGUAAAAUCCCUUGUAUGUGUGACCAGUGAAGGAGACGCUGUUUUCACCUACACUCCCACAGGAGACAGAGCUCUGGCACAACCUCAGGGUGUCACAACAACCAGCACAGGAGACAUCCUGCUUGGAGACAAACGCUCCCACAAGGUGAUUCAGCUGACAGAGUCGGGGCAGUUUGUCAGAGAUGUCCUCACACAACAGGAUGGUCUGGAAUAUCCUGGUGGUGUCUGUCUUGAUGCUGGCGGCCUGCUGUAUGUUACGUCUGACAGAUAUGUAAAAGUAUUCAAAUUCUUCAGGCGCUGAAUAUGGAAAUAGAGAUCAUUUUGAUCUUGAUACACAGUUGAAUCUUUCAAAAGUUGACUGCUGCUUUAGGUCAAGAUCGGAUCCAGUUUUUCCCUUACACAAGUAGUCCAUCAUGUCAUUGGUUAAAUACAGGACGACCUAACACCAGUAGUAGUCUGACCUGAUAGAAGUACUUCUCAAGUACAUUUGUGAAAGGAACGCACAAUGAAAGCACUGAAAGAGGACAACACCACACGAGAGAUCACGUGACCUAGACAGUUUUGUUGUUUCAUGUUGUUUAUAGAACAGUAAUGUUGUGUUUUGUAUUGUACUAUAUAUCUGACGUGUGUUGUCAUGGAGAAACCUGUUCACAUAAUUGUGCAUGCUACCGGUCUCUAGAUUAUCAGUUCGACAACCCAUCUCCUAAUUUUUUAAAGGGGCGCUUAACUCUUAUAAAAUACCACUAGCAUUCGGUGAUCUACAGCGGAUAUAAUAAUGUGUUGAUGCUGUAAGAACUGGUUGAGUUUAGUAAAUGUACUAAUUUGUAUCAGUUAUUUCCACAAUCUGGGGUACUGAGUAGAGUAUAAUAGUAACGACAUUCAACUCCAUUCGGACAAUACACUCUCUCUCAGUCAUAUCCCAGACACAUAGGAGAUAAGGAGAUCUUUGCCGUACCGAUGUUCAAGGAAAACAAUGCUAUACACCCAUGCAGGUGAAUUUGUAUUCAUAGUUUACAAGGGACAGGGUUUGGUUUGACAGGUGAUCAAAGGGACACAACUCUGUGCAGAAAUAUGUAUAGUAAUGUUUUCACACUAUGAAUGAGUGACAUAUUUCAUCCAUCAUUGUGUAUUCCAAUAGUUCGUGAUACAUUUUAAUUGCUAAACGUGUUGAGAUCUGUAUAUAAUAGUCAAAUGCACAGUAAAACAUUUUCAAGGGUAGAAGUUGCAAAUUAUUUGUCAUUUCACAGUUCUUGACUUGUUGUCAAUCAUGUUGUUAGAUUGACAGGUGGCGAUAGGUUAAUUGAUAGAGAUACUUGUAUCCCUUCUGUGGCUAAUUUCAUUGAUUGCAUAAUUUGCCUUGAUCUAUAUUCGUAUGUCAUUUCUAUGAAUAAAACUACUUUACUUUACUUUUCUGGAGACAAGAAUAGUUCAGUGUUUGAAACAGAAUGUAUCAAUGAAAACACAGAUGCUU